UUAACUCCUAGUGAAGAUCGUGCUGAACUAAACUUCGACUUAGAAAAUUUACGAAAAUUAAUUCCUAGCAUUUCUGGGUAUAAUAAUUCUCUUAGCAAGGAGCAAAAUAGUGCUUAUCAGAAGAAAAAAAGUGAGGUUGAUAAAAAAGAAUUAGAGUUAAUUCAGGCUUUGGCUCUACUAGAAGAUGAUGAAAAUAAAUCUGUCAUUACUGGUAAUAAUCAACAAGUGAUUAAAGAUACGGUUGAAAAAUUGAAAGCGUUUCGUGAGGGGACACUUGCACAGAUAGCAACCUUGGCUUUGAUUGAGGAACUAAAAACGACUUACGAAAAAACUUCUUACAAUCCCCCUCCUCUUUCAACGAUAAAUUUUUCUUCUGCGAAAUCAGAAAGUGCCGAAACACGAAUUCUCGAUGCUUAUAAAGAUAUUGAAGACGUUGCAAAUGAAACAUUGAUAAUUAGUCGGAUUGGUGAAUUAGAGAAAGAUUUAGAAAAAUAUAAGAACUUAAAAUUGCCAACUGGUAGAAUCAUCCAGUUUAGAAAUAUUCUAGACAAUAAAAAAACAAAAUUGACUUUCCGCAAAGCAUUUAAAACACAAGCAGGAAAUAAUAAUAUUGAUGGUGCUAAAAUUGAUGCUUAUUUUAAUAAAGGAUUGACUGCGGAACAGGCCGCUGAGUCUUAUAAUUAUCAUAAUUCCGAGGAAAGAAUAGAAGCCGACGAAAUUAACCAACAUGGCGAGGUUGAAAUUGAUGGCAAAUCUUAUGACUUAAAAAUUACUGAGAAGUUAACUGGGGUUCGUCAAGUUAAAUACAUUGUUGUUUUUCUCAAUGCUCCCGCUAGUCAGGUGGCUGGUGCCAAUCAUGAACGGAUCAAUAAUGAUUUUGCUGGCUUUUCUGAUAAUCCGGAAAUAGAAGAAAAAGACCGCUUAAUUGCUUUGAUUGACCAGGAAAUAACAAAUCAGCAAAAUUCAAGUAAACAAUAUGAUUCAGAAUCUCCAUCUCGAUCAGACAAUAAUGAUAAUAUUCCAACCGGCGAUAGUCAUGUUUCUGCACCCGACAAAGGAGGUGAAGAAAAUAGUUCUUCAACUUCUGAUGAAGAAACCCAAGGACCUGCAGGCUUUGAGGGAGCAUUGAAAGAAUUAGAAAAUAAUUUUCAAAAACUCAAAGAAGAAUUUGCUAAACUUUCUACCAAGGAGGAAAAAGAUCAG